AUGGCUUCUGCAUCAGAGCUGCCCUCAACACGUGCAGCAUCCCCAACGAAUGACACCAGAGAACCUGCUUUAGGGGAGACGCAGACCCUCAGCUCUGCUUCUGCAUCAGAGCUGCCCUCAACACGUGCCGGGUUUGUCCCAGAGGAACCCUCCACAGCAAGUACACAGAAAGGAACCACAUCGGGUUUGUCCCUGAGGCUGGCGAAUGGAGGUGACAGGUGUCAGGGCCGAGUGGAGGUCCUGUACCAAGGCUCCUGGGGCACUGUGUGUGAUGACGACUGGGACACCACCGACGCCAACGUGGUCUGCAAGCAGCUGGACUGUGGCUGGGCCUCGUCGGCCCCAGGAGGUGCCCAGUUCGGUCAGGGCUCAGGGCCAAUUUUCCUGGAUGACGUGCACUGCUCAGGAAAGGAGUCCUACCUGUGGAACUGCCCCCGCAAUCCCUGGCACGUGCACAACUGUGGACACCACGAGGACGCCAGUGUCAUCUGCAUAGCUGCUGGAACCCAGUCCACUGCCUGGCCCGCCUGGCUACAUAAGGUGGUGUCCUUGUGCUGCCCACUAGGGACCAAAUCGCGUUUGGACGUGAGGCUGGUGAAUGGAAGUGACAGGUGUCAGGGCCGAGUGGAGGUCCUGUACCAAGGCUCCUGGGGCACUGUGUGUGAUGACGACUGGGACACCACCGACGCCAACGUGGUCUGCAAGCAGCUGGACUGUGGCUGGGCCUCGUCGGCCCCAGGAGGUGCCCAGUUCGGUCAGGGCUCAGGGCCAAUUUUCCUGGAUGACGUGCGCUGCUCAGGAAAGGAGUCCUACCUGUGGAACUGCCCCCGCAAUCCCUGGCACGUGCACAACUGUGGACACCACGAGGACGCCAGUGUCAUCUGCAUAGGUUGGUCUCAAACAUCCCGGGGCAAGCUGUUGGGAUGA